GAAAUUCCCUACCGAAACAUAAAAAGAAAAAAUUGGAAUUAAAGAAGCAAACGAUCAAGUAAAUAACCACGCCACCCCACGAAGGCAACAGCUGUUUGUUUCUCGGGAAUCCGAGAGAAACUUCGUUUUUCUUUUUUUUUUGAAAGAAAAAAGCCAUCGCCUUUGGCUUUGCUUUGGAGCCCCAUGAAUUCGCACGUUCCCAGUAACGCGCCGUGGACGGACGAGAAGCACGUGCAUUUCCUCAACUCCAUGGAGGCUUGGUUCGUCCGUACAAUGUUCGAGAACAACAGCGAUCGCUAUAACCUCCGCCUCGACCGUCAACUUCCGGACAGCUCCGACUCGACACUCGAUUGCAAACACCACAAUGUUCCGACCAGAAAAAAACACGCCUCUUCGGCAGAUUCUAUAGGCACAACAAGAAGCAAAAUGAAGGUUAAGACUGAUAAAAGACUAAAGCGACCACCACCACAGCGGCCGCCGCCACCGCCCCCUCAAUCUCAGCCGCAUGAUUCAUCACCAGAUCAGGUGGUCCCUCAGGUCGGAAACGGGACAGAGGAUAAAGAUUAGAAAAA